AUGGAGGAGAAGAAUACAAAGAUGAACCAUGCAAGUGGUGAUGAUGAUGAUAAGCAUCACACUAACACAGAGGAGGAGAGGAUAAUACUGAACCCUAACUUUGAGGAUGGCCUCAACAACUGGAGUGGAAGAGGGUGCAAGGCUGUCUUACACGAAUCAAUGGACAAAGGGAGAAUCGUGCCGCUCUCAGGAAAGGUUUUCGCAGCAGCAACAGAGCGUAAAGCCACAUGGAAUGGGAUUCAACAAGAGAUUUCGGGACGGUUUCAGAGGAAGCGUGUCUAUGAAGUAACAGCAUUGGUUCGAAUAUUUGGCAAUAAUGUCACGAGUGAGACAAUACAGGCGACUCUAUGGGUCUUAAACGCAAACCAACGUGAACAAUACAUCAACAUCGCCAAUGUGCAGGCCACUGAUAAGAACUGGGUAGAGUUGAAGGGUAAAUUUGUAAUCCAUGGUUCGCCAUCGAGGGUAAUAAUUUUCCUUGAAGGUCCACCUCCAGGAGCUGACAUCCUCGUCAACACUUUUUCUGUCAAACAUGCUCGAAGGAAUCGUCCCUUGCCUCCACCCAUCUACGAGAAUCCUCGUUUCGGAGUCAACAUUAUCGAAAACAGUGAAGUGAAAGAUGGGGCUACACAACCAUGGUUUACCCUAGGAAACUGCAAGUUGAGUGUUGGACAAGGCGCACCUCGCACUUUGCCACCAAUGGCGAGAGACACGCUUGGUCCUCACAAACCUCUCGGAGGAAACUACAUCCUCGUGACAAACAGAACGCAGACUUGGAUGGGUCCGGCUCAGAUGAUAACAGACAAAAUCAAACUCUUCUUGACGUAUCAAGUCUCAGCAUGGGUCAAGAUUGGUGUGGGAGUGAGUGGUAGUGGUGUAACAAGUCCUCAAAAUGUGAACAUAGCACUUAGCGUGGAUAACCAAUGGGUCAAUGGAGGACAAGUUGAGGUUACCGUUGGCGACACGUGGUAUGAAAUUGGUGGAUCUUUUAGGCUGGAGAAGCAGCCGCAAAAGAUCAUGGUUUAUUUUCAAGGUCCUGCUCCUGGGAUUGAUUUGAUGAUCGCGGCUCUUCAGAUUUUCCCCGUGGAUCGUCGUGAACGUCUCAGAUGUCUCAAAAAACAAGUCGAUCAGGUACGUAAGCGCGACGUUGUCUUGAAAUUCUCAGGACUAAACGACGACGACUUCGAUUUGUUUCCUUACAUAGUGAAGGUGAAGCAAACACACAACAGUUUCCCAGUAGGAACGUGUAUCAACAGGACAGACAUAGACAACGAAGACUUUGUGGAUUUCUUCACCAAGAACUUCAACUGGGCAGUGUUCGGAAACGAGCUCAAGUGGUACUCGACAGAGGCCGAACGAGGGAAACUCAACUACCAAGACGCAGAUGACAUGUUAGAUCUUUGUAUCGGCAAUAACAUAAACGUUAGAGGACACUGUAUCUUCUGGGAGGUUGAGUCCACUGUCCAACCGUGGGUUCGUCAGCUCAGCAAGACUGAUCUGAUGAACGCGGUCCAAAAGCGUCUCAUGGAUGUCCUAACACGAUACAAAGGUAAGUUUAAGCACUACGAUGUGGACAACGAGAUGCUUCAUGGCUCUUUCUAUCAAGACAGGCUUGGGAAAGGCGUUAGAGCAUUGAUGUUCAAUAUAGCACACAAGAUUGAUCCAUCUGCUCUGCUCUUUGUCAAUGAUUAUCAUGUCGAGGACGGGGAUGACACAAGAUCAUCACCAGAGAAGUACAUGAAACUUGUUCUUGAUUUGGAAGCGCAAGGAGCUGCCAUUGGAGGGAUCGGGAUCCAAGGACACAUAGAUAGUCCUGUUGGAUCCAUUGUUUGCUCUGCUCUUGAUAAGCUCUCUGUUCUUGGUCAUCCAAUUUGGUUCACAGAGCUUGAUGUCUCUUCAAGCAAUGAGUACGUUAGAGGAGAGGAUCUUGAAGUCAUGUUGUGGGAAGCAUUUGCACACCCUGCUGUUGAAGGAAUAAUGUUAUGGGGUUUCUGGGAACUAUCUAUGAGUAGGGAGAAUGCGAAUCUGGUGGAGGGAGAAGGAGAAGUAAACGAAGCCGGGAAAAGAUUUUUGGAAGUGAAACAAGAAUGGUUAACUCAUGCCUAUGGGAUCAUCAAUGAUGAAUCAGAGUUCAUAUUCAGAGGUCAUCAUGGGACUUACGCCGUCGAAAUUUGUACUCCAGAUGGGAUUGUUCUCAAAACGUUUGUCGUCGAAAAAGGAGAAUCUCCACUUGUUCUCUCCAUUGAUCUCUCUUCUUUGUGA